AUGGCGGCGAGACUUUCACGUUUAUAUUUUGCACAUGUUUUGAAUGGAAUUGUACGACUUUGAAUGCAGUUAGAGCUUCUUAUGAACUGAGAAGAUAAUGUCAUUACUUUCCAGUUUGGAUGUACAUGAAAAAGACCCAACUAAGAACUGGGGACGUUAUUCUAGAUCUACGUCAGUAAAAUUUGGUGAUAUUUCUGAAACUCCUGAAGAUGAUACUGUCCAGCUGGUUGAAUUUCCCCCAGAAACAUCAACUAUGACAAGAAGAUCUGCAUUAAGAAAGCUUCGUCAAAAGCCUAUUGAAAUAAAUGAUGAUCAAAAUCAUGAUAAACUAAAAAGCGAUACAGAUAGGAACCCUAUGGAUUUUAAUGCACGGGAAUCAGAUUUUGUCAUCCCCAAGACGAAGAAACAAACACAGAGUGAAAAAGAGCAGAAGACCUCAGCAACAAGGGACAGUAUACGAGGGAAAUGGAUCACACGACAAAAUGGUGUUACUAGUUAUAGAGUUCGAACACAAAUUCCACUCAAGCCAGGUGCUGAAGGUCGAACUAAGUCAAAGAAACGUGCAAACGUUAGCGAUGAUGAGUCACCCAGAAAAAGUAUCCGACGUUCAUGGAUGUAUGAUCAAUCAUCCGAAGAUAAAGCUCAGAAGCAGCAUGAUGGUUUUAGGGCCAGUAAACCAUCCAAAGAUGAGAGCAGCAGAGAUAAAGGAUGUUCAACAUGCCCGGAGAGCGAUAGUGAAUAUAUAGCCGGCGAUGAGUUUAACUCUAGUCAAGAUGAAUCGAGCGAAGAAAGGAAGGAAAGGACGAUAAAGGAAGCAAAACGAACUGAUGAUGGUAAAAAAACAGAAGAAGAAGGAAUGCGCUGUGAACCAAUUAGUAUUGCUUCAUCCUCCUCGCAGGAUGGUGAUUCAAUUACAUCACUUCCUAAGUCAGAAGUCACCCAGAAUGAUCUGUUUUGCGAGGCUUGUUUGGCGCCGUUCACGAGAGACGGUUGUUGCUGUGAGACACAACAAACUCUACAGGAAACUAAGCAACACUCCACAGGAAAUUCUCGAUCUACAAACGUUCGUAAUCUCAGAUAUAGUGGCAUAAAGUAUGGAGAUGUGUCAGCCGUUGGAAAAGGAUUGAAUACAAAGAGAAAACGGAAGUCGAAGACCUUGGCGCUGAAUAAAAUCAAUACGUCAGGUCGACCAUUAUCUACACUGACUUUCGAAUACAAAACAAGGGGGAAAACAGCCGGAGCAAAAGAACCUGUACCAGUGCAGUGUAUUGUAUCCAGCGACGAAGACGAGAGCCAUAAUGUGACAGACGAAGUGGAGGAAAAUGAGACCAUUACUAACGAUAAUACUAACACGUUUGAUGACGAUGAGAAUAAAAUGUUUGAAGCAAUAAAAAGAAGGAAUAGUUGUGGAGUAGUUGGAGGGAAGAACAAAGAAACGGCGGCGUUGUACAAAAUAUCGUGUGAAUAUGACGACUCUGAUGUUGGUGAAAGUACGAGUUUUGUUCUUGAUAAACCAGAGAAAAAACAACAAAAACAGAAAAAAUCAAGUUCAUUCGCUCAAGUUGAAGAUACGUGUGUACGUAUUGCUGUUAAGAGAGUAUUUAUCGGUGAUCUGUCCCGUGUUACAAGCGAACUGGUUGAGGUGACCGAUGAUAGAAUACUAAUCCAGAUAAGAAGUCCAAACGAAACCUUGGAUUUUCAUCUGGAGAGGGAAAGCUUUAGUACUUUUGAGAUCCACAAUGAUGACGAACCUAGAGUUAUAAUCAUGAAACCAACUCCUUAUUGGGCCAGACGAUGUGUGGAAAGAUACCGGAAUUAUGGUACAUUCAUUGACCCCGGCAGCUGUAUGUAUAGUAAGAGACAAAUCCUGCUUGAGCUGGCUGAGAAAAUUUCGCCCAAGACGUUUAAACAACUCAUUCAAUUGGUUAAUUACAAAUUAUCCGAUGAACCAAUCGCAGAGGAAAUAAGUAUGAGCGAAGCAAAGGAAGAAAGGGAGCGUAUAAUGAAGGAUAUCAAAGAAUUGAAGAGCCAGAGUACAUCGUCUGAGAAUACAAAUACAACCAAGAAUUUUCCUGUUGUAAAAACGUACGGAACGCGUUCAAAAUCGAAUCCAACAAGCGUCAAAACUCCACCGAAAACAGUUUUGGUCCGUGUGGCCGGGGUUACCAUAACCAAUAAAGAUUUCCAGUGUCUGGACCCUUCGACGUACCUGAACGACAUUAUCAUGGAGUUCUUUCUCAAGUACAUAAUUGAAGAGAAGUUAAACGCGGAUGACCGUGAUAGAAUACAUCUUUUCAGCACCUACUUUUACGAGAAACUUACGCAGAAAAACAGGAACUCGAACGAACAAAGAUCACCUACCAGCAUGCAUAGCAUGGUGAAAUCAUGGACCAAAAACGUGGACAUCUUUUCCAAAGACUUUCUUUUUAUUCCUAUUAAUGAAAGUUCCCACUGGUUCCUCGUAGCUAUCUGUUAUCCCAUGUUGGUGGUGGAAAAUGCUGAAACCGAGGAUAAUUCAGGCACUCAAUUACCAGAGUCACAGACUGAUGAAUCUGAUAUGGAUGAUUUUGAUAAAGAACUGUGGAGAAUUGCUAAGGCGUCGUCUGCUCCCGUUGAAGAAAUAGAUGUUGGAAGAAGCAAAGAGUCUGAAAUGGAUGAUUUUGCUAGACCUUUAAUUGAGACUGCUAAAACAUGCAUUGAAGAGAAAGAUACAGGCAAGAUGGCGGCAACUAGUCAGACGACUAAGAGAAGGAAGAAAUCUCGAGAGAUUACGUCCGGGAUAAAAAAACGACCCUGUAUAUUGAUAUUUGACUCACUCGGCUCCUGUCACAGAGCAACAGUUAUGAGUAAUCUAAGAAAUUAUUUGAACUGCGAGUGGAAAGCCAAAAAGGAUUGUAGUAGCAAGGUGGUAUUUGAUAAAGAUACCAUUAAAGGAUGUUAUCCCAAGGUACCUUCCCAGGAGAACUUUUCAGAUUGUGGGCUUUAUGUCUUACAGUAUUUUGAAAGCUUUUUUAUCAAUCCAAUCAAGGAUUAUAAAUUCCCUAUUGAUCUCAGGUCGUGGUUUGGCCAGGAUGAAAUGAGAAAGAAACGUCUUCACAUUAAAAAUGUGAUCCUCAAGUUGCAAGCAAGAGCUGAAAGUUUAAACAGCAACUAAUAUCUUGCACAAAAAUGUUUAGAGAAUAGUAAUAUAUUUAUACAUAUAUAUAUAAUUUAUAUUUAAUUGAAAUUAUGGCAU